AUGGUUCUUCCUCUAGCAGCAGCAGCGGCUCGUCGCAGAGUCGGCGGAGUCAUCAGCUCUCAAGUCCAAAGACGCACUAUGGCUGGCGGUCCAGCCAAGGAAUGGGAAGGAAUUGAUAAGGUCGUCCGAGGAGUGUUCCCCGGAGAUCAUCAACUUGCUUUGGCCAUUAUGGGAGGAUACACAGGUCUUUUCUUGAUAUUCAAAAUGAAGAGUGCCAUGAGCGGAACGAAGGAAGAGGAAAAGCCAGUUGUUGUCAGCAGCGGGGCAGACACUGGUGCUGGAAUUCCAGCCAUUGGAACUCCUGAAUUCGACAAUUUCUUGGAUUCCGAGGCCUUUGUCAAGUUGCUCGAUAGCGAGGAACAACUGACCAAGGCUCUUGCCGAGUAA